CAAGAGGAUUCAGAUAGACAUCCAAUGGAGGCAACGUGGAUCCACCGUUGCUAUCUCUCUCGUCUCCCAACCAUCACCAACCCUCACCCCCGCCCCAUCUCUACCUCUCCCUCUCCCUCUCCCUCUCUGCAACUACACAACCCAUGUAUUCUUCUGCACAAAUUCCAUCAUCGCUCCGCCAUGCUUCUCCCACUCAGAGCUUCCUCUUCCUCCUUAAGCUUCCACUUCGAGGAUCUCAAGUCGUCAAUUUCCCUAACCAACGACGAUCUCAAGCCGACGACCCCAGACCAGCGUACAUUCUCUGCCUUGGACUUCGGUAGCCUCUGGGUGGGCCUCGUCGUUGGCGUCCCGACCUACUACCUUGCUGGCAGCCUGGUGGAGCUUGGAAUGGUCUGGUGGCAAGGGAUCGCCACUGUGGUGCUUGCUAACGUCAUCCUUAUUGUUCCUCUCAUCCUCACUGGCCAUGCCGGCACAUGCUACGGGAUCUCAUUCCCGGUGUUGGCACGUGCAGCCUUUGGUAUCCGUGGGGCUCACCUCCCGACCUUGCUUCGUGCCCUGGUCGGGUGUGGGUGGUUCGGCAUCGAGACGUGGAUUGGUGGCCAGACUGUCUUCCUCCUCUUGCCUCUCUCCUUCAGGCAAUCUCCCUAUGCUCAAACACUCCCAUGGCUAGGGACCUCUCUGCUUGAAUUCGCCUGCUUCCUUACCUUUUGGGCGGCUCAGAUGGGGAUCAUUUGGAAGGGGAUGGAGGGAAUCAGGGACCUUGAGAAGUACUCCGCCCCGAUACUGGUAUUCCUCACCGGUGCUCUCCUCUGUUGGGCAUAUUUCACUGCAGGUGGCUUCGGGACCAUGCUCUCAACGCCGUCCAGCCUCACCACCUCCCAAUUCUGGGCCCUGUUUUUCCCGUCGCUAACUGCAAACAUCAGCUUCUGGGCAACUCUCGCUAUCAACAUCCCCGACUUCACUCGCUACGCCAAGAGCCAGGCCGACCAGGUGCUCGGCCAGGUAGCCAUCCCUGUCUUCAUGGGUGCCUUCACCUUCGUCGGCCUGGCUGUCACCUCAUCCACCCAAGUCAUCUUUGGCCAUGUAAUAUCGAGCCCCAUCGAGCUCCUAGCCCGAAUCAGUGGCAACUUCGCCCCGGCCCUCAUCCUCUCGAUCGUGGGCAUCAGCCUCGCCACCCUCACCACCAACAUAGCAGCCAACGUGGUGGCUCCCGCAAAUGCCCUGGUGAAUCUGAGCCCCUCAAUUUUUACAUUCCAAAGGGGGGCUCUGCUAACUGCUCUUUUGGGCAUUCUUGCCCAGCCGUGGCGGCUGCUUGCGUCGAGCGAGAGCUUCAUUUAUACGUGGCUCAUUGGGUACUCGGCCUUGUUGGGACCGAUUGGCGGCAUCGUGCUUGUUGACUACUACCUCUUGAGGCACACGAAUCUGGAUCUCAGAGCACUCUAUUCCGACGAUCCCAUUGGGCCUUACUGGUAUGGAAGGGGCUAUAAUUGGGCGGCCGUGGCCGCUCUCGUUAUGGGGAUCUUGCCUGUGAUGCCUGGAUUUCUGAAUAAACUAGGGAUACUGAAAUCCACAGCUACAGCCUUUGUGACCAUAUACAACAACGCUUGGUUCAUUGGCUUCUCUGUUUCGGGGGUGAUAUACUGGCUCUUGUCGCAGUCGAGUCGCUCCAAAAGCUCCCAAUCUGCGGUGGAUUCACCACCGAUGUUCGGGUAGCAAGACUUGGUCAGAUCGCCAUGUUCAAGCUGUUUCAAGAGAACACUGGAUCCGUUAGUUUCUCAGUUUUUUUUACUUCUCAUUACUUCAAAUAAGUCCUUAAACUGAAGAAAUGGCCUGAUCGGACUAGUGAAUCGGAAUAGGUUACUCGGUGGCCGAUUCAGGUUAUUAACCCACCCUAUCUGCCACAUAAUACAGGGAUUGAGAUUAUUAAUGGCAGGGCUUGAGAAUUUAUUGUGUUAAUUCUGGAAACCGCUGUUUGUUGAUAGAGAGAUCCAUUUGCAUAUCUCUCGAGUUUAUUAGUGGCUACAUGUAAUCUGCAGGAGUGAAAUAUCACCACUAAAAGGAAAAUCUUAUUAAAUUUACCUUUUGGGAUC